AUGAAAGACACAGUUUUGCCACAAGGCAUUGUGUGUUUAGCGGUGGUGCCAGCAACUGCCAGAGAGGCACCGGGAUCCACCCCCUUUGAACUGCUGCCAAGCCAGCCAGCUUGCACCUUCUUUAAUAACUUCCCCUCAAGACCAGCCUUUGUGGGCCUCUCUGGAACCACAUUUGGAGGAAGUCCGCAUCUGUCAGUUCCACUGUACACCACCAUGGCCCCGGGACAGACAGGCUGA